AUGCCUCGCGAGGCCGAGCCGUCUCUCAACGAGAGGGCCUUUGUAGUGCAGGCACUCCACGAGGGCCACCGCCUGGACGGCCGCGCGCUCGACCAGUUCCGCAAGCUCGAACUCACUUUUGGCGAUCAAUAUGGCGUCGCAGAUGUGACACUCGGCAAGACGAGAGUCCUCGCAAAAGUCUCCGCCGAAGUAACAGUCCCCUACACCGACCGGCCCUUUGACGGCAUCUUCACAAUCAGCACCGAGCUGAGCCCCAUGGCGUCGCCAGCCUUCGAGGUCAACCGCCCCACAGAGACCGAGGUGCUGCUCUCGCGCCUGCUCGAGAAGACGAUCCGGCGGUCCAACGCGCUCGACACGGAGUCGCUGUGCCUCGUCGCGGGCCAGAAGUGCUGGUCCGUCCGCGCGGACCUGCACGUGCUCAGCCACGACGGUAACCUCAUCGACGCGGCGUGCCUCGCCGUGGUCGCGGCCCUCCGCCAUUUCCGGAAACCAGACACCAGCAUGGAGGGGGAGACGCUGACGAUAUACACGCCCGCCGAGAGGGAGCCGGUGCCGCUGAGCUGGCUGCACUCUCCGUUCUGCGUGACGUUCAGCUUCUAUGGCGAGGAGGACGGCACCGAGAGGGAGAUUGUGCUGCUGGACGCGACGCUGCUCGAGGAGCAGCUCCAGACGAGCAGCUGCACGAUCAGUCUGAACCGGCACGGCGAGAUCUGCCAGAUCGCCAAGCUGGGCGGGGCGGCGGUCGAGCCCACGGUCCUUCUCCAGUGCGCGAGCGUGUCGUUACAAAAGAGCAAAGAGCUGUCUUCUUAUCUGGACCAGAAGCUCGCAGAGGACAGCAAGCGGAGGGAUAAAGGCGGGCUCCUGGCGGAGCUUUCCGCGGAGAAUGAGAACACGAUACCCAUGGUUUGA